AUGGCAGACUGGAAAACUUUCCAUUAUAUCAGCUAUGCUUUGCUGUUUUACUUUGCCCUGGAACCGUCAUAUAUCCACCCAGAUGAGCAUUUCCAAAGUUUUGAAGUAUUAACAAAUAAAUUUUACAACUAUAAAACAAAUAUUCCUUGGGAGUUUUCUUCAAAUCCAAGCAGAAGUUAUGCAGUUUUAUACUUAAUUUAUGGUCCUCUUCUUUACAUCAAUAAACUGUUCAAGUUCAAUCCAUUGGCUUUGUUGUACAUAGCUAGACUACAAUUAGUUGUUUCAUACAUAUUCAUUGCACAAUGGAGUACAAGGAUCAUCACUCAAUCCAAACAAGAAGGUUCCAAAACAAUCUAUUUCAUUUUUUCAUCAUAUGUCACAUGGACUUACCAAUCUCAUACAUUUUCGAAUAGCAUAGAGACUCAAAUUUUGCUUAUUGCGUUAUCAAUUUUGCAUAUCUUGAAACUUCAAUCCAACUUGAAAAACCCAACAAGAUCCAAUGGGUUGAUAGCCUUAUUGGGUAUUGUGAUGAGUCUGGGUAUAUUUAACAGGAUCACAUUUGUGGCAUUUUUGUUCAUUCCAUCAUUCUUCUUACUAAAACAUUUCCAAAGGUUCAAGUCAACAGCAAUCACAUUCACGGUGUUUUUCACCAUAACUUCAUUGAUCCUCAUAUUACUUGAUACCAAAUUAUUUGGCUCAGAUCAUAUUUUAAUCACACCAUUGAACAACUUUCUUUAUAACAAAGAUUCAUCAAAUCUUGCUCAACAUGGUCUUCACCCUUACUACACACACCUUCUGAUCAACCUACCACAGCUUGCUGGUCCUGUAUUGAUCCCACUGUUAUACAAAAACAGAUAUACGACCAGCAUUCCAUUUCUUUCAAUAGUGUCUGGACUGUUCAUAUUAUCAGUUAUUCCUCAUCAAGAGCUCAGAUUCCUAACACCAUUAGUUCCAUUGAUUUGUAUGUGUAUUGACUUCCAAAACAUUAGUCCAGCUAUAAUUGUAUGGACAAUGAGAUUAUGGUGUGUUUUCAAUCUUGUUUUUGGUGUCAUCAUGGGAUCAUUACACCAAAGAGGUGUCCUAGUAACUUUGGAUCAUUUAAGAGAGGUUCAAUAUGGUGGUGUUCAAAUUUGGUGGAAAACUUACAAACCUCCAGCUUAUAUUUUGGCUAAUCAGAACUUGACAAUAUCUGAAAAGGAUGUGAUUCACAAUACUGAUAGUAAUCAUAUGAUUGAUUUGAUGGGUGCAGAUGUUAAUAGUUUAGCUGUGGUUCUCGAGAAAUUUGAUCAAUCACUCUUAAUUACACCUCGCUCUUCAAUACCAUUACUUGAAAGAUUAAACAAUACAUUCUCAAUUGAAAAAAUAUGGAGCUAUGACUAUCACUUGGACCUGGACCAUCUUGAUUUUGAAGAUUUUAGAACUCUCAGACCAGGUAUUGAUGUUUACAAUAUCACACAACUGAUAUAA